AUGCCAUAUGAACGUUUUGUUCAGCUCGGUCGCGUUGCUUAUAUAGCAUAUGGUCCAGAUAAAGGUAAAUUAUGUUGUAUAACAAAUAUUAUUAAUCAAACGCGUGUUCUUGUUGACGGUCCAUCAUCAAAUGUUCGUCGAAAAGCCUUGAAUAUUAAAUCAUUACAUUUAACAAAAUUUGUUUUGAAAUUAUUACCGGGUGCUCGUACAAAAACUGUUAAAGCAUUAUGGGAUAAACAUGACGUAAAUACAAAAUGGUCUGAAACACGUUGGUGUAAAAAAUUACAAGCCAAAAAAAUACGUGAAAAAAUGAAUGAUUUUGAUCGAUAUAAAUUAAUGCAUGCUAAAGCAGCUUACAAUAGAAUAUUACAUCAAGAAUACGGUCGUCUGAAAAAGAAAUCCAAAGAAUCAUUAGCUAAACUUGCAAUAAAAACGAAAAAACGUAAAUUUGUAUCAAAAUCGCAACGUUAUGCCAAUAAACAUAAAAUAUUUGCCGCAUCAACAACAGCAGCCAAAAAGAAAUAA